GUCUUUUACUUCACACCCUUCACUCUAAGCCGUUCAUCUACGACCUUUAUUUCUCUUUUUCCUUCACACAAAGAUGAAGCAAGGAAUUGGCAUCAGCUACUAUUCCGCCUCUUAAUCAUUUCCAAUUUUUAUAAACCGCGUGCCAUGAAAUUCUCUCACAAUUCGUUUUAAAAAGAGAGAAAUUUUCCUUAUCUCAGGCAAAUAUAUAUAUUCUUUAUUUAUAAUAAUACCCACUUUCACGUUCAUAUAUAUAACUUGUGUCUCUUCUAACACACUAUACACCCACGCUCACACUGACCCAUCUCGCUAAUCGCCAUAGCUAGCUCCAUAUGCAGCUGAAGGCUGAAGAAGCUCCAAGGUGUCUCCUCGCCGCGAUUGGUGCCGACGAUCGGUCGUGAAUCGGGAUGGCGGCGACGGCGACGGCGACGGCGAGGAAGCUGAUCGUGGAGGUGGUGGAGGCACGGGACCUGGUGCCCAAGGACGGCACGGGCACGUCGAGCCCCUACGCGCGCGCCGACUUCGACGGGCAGCGCCGCAAGACGCGCACCGUGGCUAGGGACCUCAACCCGGCGUGGAACGAGGCGCUCGAGUUCGACUUCCCGCCCGCCGGCGUCGACCCCGUCGAGGGGGAGCCGCUCGAGGUCGCCGUGCUGCACGACCUCCGCGUCGGGCCCACCCGCCGGAACAACUUCCUCGGCCGCGUCCGCCUCGACGCGCGCCAGUUCGUGCGCAAGGGCGAGGAGGCGCUCAUCUACUUCCCGCUCGAGAAGAACAAGGGCUUCCUCAACAGCUUCAACUGGGUCCGCGGCGACAUUGGCCUCAAGGUCUACUACGUCGACGUGCCGCUCGCGCCACCGGAACCGGAGCCGGAGCCGUCGCCACCCGCCGCUGGCAACGACGCCGCUCCUCCUGAUGCGGCGGCGGCGGAGGCGGAGCCGGAGGCAGCAGCACCGCCGCCGUCGCCACCCGAUGCUGCUCCUACGGCUUCCACGGAUGAGCCUCCCAAGGCCGAGGAGCCGACGGAUGCAGCUCCGGCGCCGCAGCCGGAGGCGGCAGACGCAUCAGCCGGUGACGGAGCCACCACGGAGAAGCCACCGGAGGCGGCUGAUCCUGCACCGGCGCCGUCGGAAGACGCGCCCGUAAUGACUGCAGAGGCGGUGGCAGCAUCGGAGGAGAAGCCGCCGCAAGAGGAGCCUGUGUUGAGCCCGCCACCGCAGCCGACGCCGACGACGACGCCGAUACCACGGCAGGUAUCGAUGCCUGUACGCCAGCUGCCGCCGCUGACGCCGAUGCCACGGCAGGUAUCGAUGCCUGUACGUCAGCUGGCGCCGCCGCCGCCCCAACUGGAGGAGCCGAUGGUGCAGAGCAAGCACGAUCUGGUAGACAAGAUGCCAUACCUGUUCGUCCGGGUGGUGCGCGCGCGCGGGCUGCCCGCCGGCGCGCACCCGCACGUGCGCGUGGCCGCCGGCGGACACCACGCGUCCACGCGGGAGGCACGCCGCGGCGCCUUCUUCGAGUGGGACCAGACCUUCGCGUUCGUUCGCGAUCCGGCCACCGACUCGCCGGGACCCACGCUCGAGGUCGCCGUCUGGGACCUGCCGCCCGACGCCGACGUGUCCGUCGCCGACGAUCGCCAAUUCCUCGGCGGCCUCUGCUUCGACACCGCCGACGUGCACGCGCGGGACCCACCGGACGGGCCUCUCGCGACGCAGUGGUACAGGCUCGAGGGCGGGCGCCGCCUCGGUGGUGCCGACCUCAUGGUCGCCACGUGGGCGGGCACGCAGGCCGACGAGGCCUUCGCCGACGCGUGGAAGGCGGACUCCCCGGCGGCGGCCACGGCCACGGCCGCCGCCACGUCGCGCGCCAAGGUUUACGUCUCGCCUAAGCUCUGGCUCCUGCGCCUCACCGUGAUCGAGGCGCAGGACACGCUCACGGCGCCGCCUCCCCGCGACGCCGGCAUCGCGGUGCGCGCCAUGCUGGGCUUCCAGGCGCUCAAGACGCGCACCACGCCGGUGGCGCGCAACGGAGGGCCAGUGUGGAACGAGGACCUUCUCUUCGUCGCCGCCGAGCCGUUCACCGACGACGACUGCCUCGUCAUCUCCCUCGAAGUGCGCCACGGCAAAGAGGCCUUCCCCGUCGGCUCGGCUAGCGUAUCCCUGGCCACCGUCGAGAGGCGCGUCGACGACCGGAAGGUGGCGUCCAAGUGGAUCGACCUCCUCCCGUCCGACGAGGCCACGAAGAGAGUCGGCAAGAAGGCGGCCAUGCACAUGCACGGAGGCCGGCUGCACGUGCGCGUGUGCCUCGACGGCGGCUACAACGUCGCCGACGAGCCGUCCUACGCGUGCAGCGACUUCCGGCCGUCGGCGCGGCAGCUGUGGCCCCCUCCCCUUGGCGUCGUGGAGCUAGGUAUCGUUGGAUGCAAGGGCCUCCUGCCGAUGCGCGCCGCCGACGGCAAGGGCUGCACGGACGCGUACGCCGUGGCCAAGUACGGACCCAAGUGGGCGCGCACGCGCACCAUCGCCGACAGCUACGACCCGGCCUGGAACGAGCAGUACACGUGGCCGGUGUACGACCCCUGCACCGUGCUCACCGUCGGCGUGUUCGACGACCCACCGCCGUUGCAGCCGUCAGACGGCAAGGACGCCGCCGCCGCCGCCGCCGCGGCGUGCUCGCGGCCGAUGGGUAAGGUGAGGAUACGGCUGUCCACGCUGGAGCGCGGCCGCGCGUACCGUGGUCUGUACCCGCUCAUCAUGAUGCUGCCCACCGGAGCAAAGCGAAUGGGCGACGUAGAGCUGGCCAUCCGCUUCUCCACGUCCGGGUCGAUGCUGGACAUGCUGCACGCGUACGGCCGACCGGCGCUCCCGGCGAUGCACCACCAGCGGCCCAUCCCGGCGGUGAACCGCGAGGCGCUGCGGCUGGCGGCGGCGCGCAUCACCGCGGCGCACCUGGCGCGGUCGGCGGAGCCGCCGCUGCGGCGCGAGGUGGCGACGUGGAUGCUGGACGCCGCGGAGCCGCGCGGGUUCAGCAUGCGCAAGCUGCGCGCCAACUGGAACCGCGCCGUGGCCGCGCUCUCCUGGGUCGCCGACGCGGCGCGCUGGGUGGAGGACACCCGGUCGUGGCGGAACCCGACGGCGACCGCGAUGGCGCACGCCGUGCUGGUGGUCCUCGCGUGGCACCCGGACCUCGUCGUGCCGACGCUGACGCUCCACGCCGCCGCGGUGGGCGUGUGGAAGUACCGGCGCAGGCCGCGCGCGCCGGCGCCGCACCCGUGCGUGCGCGCGUCCAUGGCGGAGGCGCCCGACAGGGAGGAGCUGGACGAGGAGUUCGACACGAUCCCGAGCGCGAGGCCGCCCGAGGUGGUGCGGGCGCGGUACGACCGCGCCAGGAUGGUGGGCGCGCGCCUGCAGCAGAUGGUCGGCGACGUCGCGACGCAGGCGGAGAGGCUGCAGGCGCUCGUGUCGUGGCGCGACCCGCGCGCCACCGGGUUGUUCGUCGCGCUGUGCGUGCUUGUGGCCAUGGUGCUGUACAUGGUGCCCAUGAAGAUGGUGGCCGUGGUCGCCGGGUUCUACUACCUGCGCCACCCCAUGUUCCGGGAUCGGAUGCCGGCACCGGUGAUCAAUUUCUUCCGGCGGCUGCCUUCCAUGUCUGAACGAAUCAUGUAGGAGCAGGCAGGCAAUGGAGCAUCAACUUGGCACACACGACGGAAGAUGGUGGCAAACUUGCAACGAAGUGAUGGUUUCAUAUGCAGUAGCAAUUGUACUUUGUAGCAGCAAUAUGUUAACAUUUUUCGUUAUUUUCUACCCCUUCCAUUCAAGAACAGAAUAAAGCAAUCUUCCUUUCA